CGCGGUGACUGCGCCGUUCUCUGCGCCACCGUCGCAGAUCCUGACUUGUUUGAUUUUCGCCUGGUCACGUCGCGUCAGACGCGUAAACAAUUUUUCGUGUUUCGGCUGCUAGCGUCGCUAUUCCGGUACGAUUUCUCUGAGAGAUGAGUUCUAUUGGCACAGGGUACGACCUGUCCGCCUCGCAGUUUUCGCCGGACGGACGGGUAUUUCAAGUGGAAUACGCGCAGAAGGCCGUGGAAAAUGGAGGGACAGUUAUUGGCUUGCGAGGGAAGGACGGCGUGGUGUUCGCCGUCGAGAAGAUAGUAACGUCGAAGCUCUACGAAUCGGGCGCCAACAAACGGAUAUUUAACAUAGACCAGCACGUCGGUAUGGCAGUCUCUGGUAUAAUAUCGGACGCGAGACAGAUCGCGGACACCGCGAGGUCAGAGGCCGCUAGUUACAAGGCGCAGUACGGAGUCGGUAUUCCAUUGAGGUAUUUAAACGAGAGGGUCUCCAUGUACAUGCACGCGUAUACUUUGUAUUCCGCCGUACGUCCGUACGGUUGCUCCAUCCUGCUCAGCGCUUACGAGACGGACGGCCCGAUGUUGUGCAUGAUCGACCCAUCGGGAGUAUCAUACGGUUAUUACGGCUGUGCAGUAGGUAAGGCAAAACAGUCGGCAAAGACGGAAAUUGAAAAACUGAAGUUGUCGGAGAUGACGUGUAAGGAUUUGGUUAAGGAAGCUGCUCGUAUCAUUUACCUCGUCCACGACGAGCUGAAGGAUAAACAGUUCGAAUUGGAAAUGAGUUGGGUUGGUGCGCAUACUAACGGCAGGCACGAACGUGUGCCGGCCGAUCUGAAAACCGAGGCCGAGACGAAGGCACGGCAGGCAAUGGCGGAAGACUCGGACAGCGAUACCGAGGAUAUGUGAAACGAUAUCUAGAUACUGCCGUUAAAAUUCUUUGUAUUGUAAGCGAUAAUAUUAAAUAUAACAUUAAUGCACACAAAUGUA